UUUUGAGUGCAUAAAAUUGUAUUCCUGAGGAAAUUAUGUUGGAUAAAAUCAGUCGUCGAGCCUGGACUGAAUUGGUCAUUUUAUCACACCGUGUGCGCUGGAUAGCUGUUAUGUAUCUCCCUGUUUGUUGUGUGGUACGGCCCAAGUUGAUUCGGGAAUUGUGUGAACGUGCAUUAAUUCAACUCAGAUAAUCAAAUCAGAACGAAUCAAAUAAAUAAAACCCCAGAAAAUGUGAGAGAUUGUAAAGCGAAUAUUAUUAAUUAUAUUAUUUUAAAAGAAAAAUAAAACUUUAACGCGAUUAGUGAAUAUGAAAUUUGUUAAUUUUUAAUCUAAAUUUAACUUCUAUUAAGUCGACAUUGACAUGUUUACAAUUAAUGUAAAGCGGUCAGCAGCGGUUAAAAAAAUAUUCAACACUAAACAAAGGUUUCGGGGUUUUGCAGUGAUGCCACUGAAGAACCAUUGUGGGACUGUGGGUUCUUUAAAGAACCUUUCAAGGAUUUUUUUUCUUAAAAGAACCGCUUUUUCCUCUUAGUGCAAAGAACAUUUUAAAAAUCAGAAGAAUUUUUUUACCAUUAUAAAGAACCUUUUGUGCAGUGGGAUGGCUCAUGGAUGCUAAAGGUUCUUCAUGGAACCACAGAUAAUAAACAACUUUUAUUUUUAAAAGUGAACAUCGUUGAAGAUAAUUAUCACAGUCCACAAGAGGACGCCACAAGACAGUACAACAAAAAUGGCCUAACCCUUCAAACUGUGACUCACAAAUGGUUAAACUACUUUAAAAGCAACAUUUCAUUUAUACCAGCGAAUAUACCAGACACUGACUUCUCAUCAAACAUCAUGAAGAAAAAAAAAUGUAAGCAAUUUAGCAAAUAACACAACAACAAGUGCUUGUAAUUUCAUGUUUUUUGGUUGGCUUAAAAAGGUUUCACCAAUUUAUAUAAUGUCCUCUGUAUUAAAUGUGUGCCUGUCAUCUUUGAAUACUUUUUAAAGAACUCCCUUUUAAGCAAUAUAGUUGUGAUUGUAUAGUAGCCUAUUAAAUUACAGCUAUUAUUGUUGUGCUAUACAAAACUAAGACAAACAAAACUUUAAAACUUAAAAGACAGAAAGAAAAACAAAGACAUUAAUAAAUUUCAUCAGUAGCUUAUGUUACAAUAAUGGCGAAUGAUAUAUACUAAUAUGAGCAAAGGAGUAGGCUAUAUGUUACACACUCAUUUCAUUUCCCAGGCCUGCUGAGCUGGCUCAUCUCUUUGUCGUGUGGCUGCCCUCAUCAGCAGAAAUCCAUACACACACAAACACACACACACACACACACACACACACACACAUGCACAUGCAGACAUUUUUACACACAACCAGAACUACGUUUGACACACACACACACACACUCUCUCACAUAAGCUUAACAGAUACACACAUCAUACACAUUCGACACACACACCUCCACUCUGGACACUUUUGUGGGCUAAACAAUGUGCUGACUGCAGUCUGUGUACAGCCAUUGUUUUGCAAAGAGACCUGAGUUUGAGGUUGCGAGUUUAGCAUAACACUGUAAAAAUGACUUUUAAAGUUGUAAAUAAAACAGAUAUUUAUUGGAGAAAAUACAAAGAAAUACAAUAUCAGUUUCUUUACUUCAAAAUUAGUUUAAUUUAAUGUUACUUUAAGUUUCAUUGUAAUUAUUUGUGAAAAGUACUAGAAAUUUCUGAAUGAAAAUAGUUUCAAAUUAAAUCCUACAUCACCUUAUUUCAGUCAUUUCACAAUGAAUGCUGAAGAUUUUCAAUUCAUUUCAAAUGUCAAAGUUUACAUAUUCAUCUAUCAAUGUAAGUGUAGUCCACUGGUUCAUAAAAACCCAUGAAUUGUUCUUCUUCCUCCUUCUUUUCAUAUAUUUUGCAAAGCAACGCAAUAGUUUUUAGACAUUUAAAUAUAAAAACUCUUAAAUAUAACAGUUCUUUAUUGGCAGAAGAAGCUUUAACAUCCACAGAAUCUUUCCAUUGCACAAAAGGUUUUUAAUAGUGGAAAAAAAGGUUCUACAGGUUAUUAAAAUGUUCUUCACAAUUAAAGGGUGCCAUCCCAGCGACAGCUUUCAUACCAUUAUUUUCCUGAGCGUGUUGUGAAAAAAAAAAAAAAAAAAAACCUUUUGAAACCUUAAUUUUUAAGAGCGUAAUGGUGUAUUUUGUCUAUCUUUAAAGUCAGGCAGUAUCUGCUUCAUCGCUUUGGAAAAAACUAAUUCAUUUUAGCACUCGCAUUGCCAGGGUUUGCCAUUUAUGGGACAGAAACUCAUCCGUGUUACUCAUUGCAUUACUCAGACAUUGCCUCCAUAAUUUGUCCAAACCCCAGAAAACAUGUAAACAGCGGCUUGAGGUUUGCUCUCAGAUGAGCUGGAGACUAAAAACUGGAAAUAUAUAAAUGGCCAUCACAAAAUUCAAACCUUGCAUGUUGUAAAAACCACAUAUGGAAAGUAAAAACUUUCCUAAAUAUUGUCUUUAAUGCAAAUUUGAAGGGCCUGAAAGGAAAAUCUCAAAUUAUAGCAUAUAACCUUUUAGGUAAUUCACAUAAAUGUGACCUAAAAUCAGAUAUUAGCAUGCAUUGCUUCCUCAAACAGUGUAAAAGUGAAGUGACCAUCAUCAGGUAUAGCGUAACAUGAGAGUUGGCCAUACAGCUGCCACACAUCUCCAUUGGUGGAGAUCACUUCAUUGUGAAAAGUGUGCGGAGGAAAGAAAGGACUACAGCUCAGGACAGAAACAAAAGGCAUCCAAAGCAAAGUGCUGACCACAGCCGGGGUCUGUGAAUCAGGGAGCCCCAUUGAAGCAGUGUCUGUAUAAAUAGCCCCACAGAUGCCUGAGCAGGAGACCGCGUGGUGGAUUCCCCUCAACGCACACAGCUCAUUCUAUUGGGUCAGUCAGCGCUGAUAUAUCUGAAACAAUGGCUCUGACAAACCCUAUGUCAAUGCCCAUGGGACCAUGGAAGAUUACCGUUUAUGACCAGGAGCAUUUCCAGGGCAGGCGUUGCGAAUUCACCGCUUGCUGCCAGAAUAUCAUGGAGUAUGGAAUGGAGACUGUCCGCUCUCUGAAGGUGGAGUGUGGCGCCUGGGUAGGUUUUGAGCACUCUACCUUCAAUGGCCAGCAGUUCAUCUUGGAGAAGGGAGAUUACCCUUGCUGGGAGGCCUGGAGUGGAAGCAAUGCCUAUCGCAUUGAGAGGCUGAUGUCCUUCCGCCCCAUCUGUUCUGCUAUGCACAGCGAUUCCCGUAUGAUGCUUUUCGAGUGUGAGAACAUGAGUGGAAGGCAGUGGGAGGUGUGCGGUGACUACCCCUCCCUGCAGGCUAUGGGAUGGUGCAACAACGAGAUCGGCUCCAUCCAAGUCAUGAGUGGCGCCUUUGUAUGCUACCAGUAUCCUGGUUACCGUGGUUACCAGUACAUUAUGGAGUGCGACUGCCAUGGAGGCGAGUACAGGCACUACAGGGAGUACGGUUGCCAUGCUCAGACCCCUCAGAUCCAGUCUAUCCGUAGGAUCCAGCAUUGAGAGGAACCAGCCGUGUCCUUCCUCCCUUCCCUCCCCUUCCUCCUUCUGAGCCCUUCAAUCCUCCACUUCCUCCAUCCCUCCGUUCCCAGCCAUGCAAGACGGUUUGUUGACCAGGACGGCAGGCUGAUAUACUGGUGCUACACCAAUGUAACAAGUCCACAGCACUUUUUGUACCCACUACACAAGGAAAGAAAGACAAACUAUUGACGGCAGGAACGAUGAGAAAAAACCCCGCAGAAGAAAAAGCCCUGUAUGAUUCCAGCCGAACGGACGUGGUGCGGUGAGAAGCCGGGAGCGUCGCUCUACUUUCGUCAUGACUUGAUCAUUAUGACCGUAGCCAUUGCAGUUUUCAUGGUCAACAUCUGUACGAUAUUUGAUGAAUAAAGAACAUGAGCAUAAAAUCUAAGGAAACAAAAAAACAGAAUACUUGAUAUCAGCUGACUGUGGUGUGUGGAUCUUUCCUGACCAUAAGUGUACAUUAGGACAAACAUUCAACUCUCACAUCAGUCAUUUUCAGAUGAGCAUAAAGCGAGAAGGUGUAAUGAAUUGUCUAAAAUUAAAAUUUGAAAUGAAAAGAUAUAAUGUGUCAGAAUUUACAUUAAAACAUUACGAGGACAGCCUUUUGUUCUAUCUAUAUCAACA